AUGUAUCCAAGAUAAUAAAAAAAGUCAGACAAAAUAAAGUAAUCUAGUAAUAUAUCUGAUUUCAUACUCAAUAAACUCAUCAAUGAAUUCGGUUAAAAACCAAUAGAUAAAGAAGUAUUUAAUAAAUGCUAAAAAGUUAAUUACAUGUUACGUACAUGAUUAUAAUUCAAAAUAUUCAUCAUUUAAUGAAAGUGGUGUAAGGGCUUUGAAAGCAGAGAUAUAGGAAGCAGUCAAGAAAUAAUAUAUUGAAAAGGAAGCAAUUAUUAAAACCUUAAAAUAGUAGUAUAAUACUCAAUAGUUACAAAAUAUAGAAGAUAAAUAAAAAAAUGAGAAUAACUCAAAAUAAAUAACAAAAGUUAUCACAUAAGGAUAAGAGCAAUUAAAUUCUUAAAUAAAGAACAAUCCUCCAGAAAUUCCAAGAUUAGACUCAUUAACAUCUGAAAAUAAAUAAAAAUCUGUUUAUUAAUUGGAUGAUGAUGAAUAAGAUGAAUGGGCAGCUAUAAUUAAAUAUGAUACAACUUUAUAUUAAAAGGAACAAGAAGAAAAAAAAAAGAGAGAACUUUAAUUAAAAUAAAAAUUAAAAGAUGAUUUAGAUAAAUAAUUAAAAGAGAAAGCAGAGAUGAAAAAAGAAGAAGCAAUGAAAGAAGCCAAAUUUAUAUAAUUAAAUUAAUAAAGGAAAUAAGAAUUUGAGUAAUUUGAAAAAUAGAAAAAGGAAUAGAUUAAACUAAAAUAAUUAGAAGAAAAAAAAUUAAGAGAUGAGUAAGUUUAAUAAGAAAAACAUAAGAAGUAAUUCUUAUAUUUAUUAGAUUAGAAGGGAAAGUUAGAAAUAAUCAAAAUUAUAGGAUGAUGAAAUGUUGUAAUAGAUAAAAAAUGAAAUAAAUAGAGAAUCUUAAGAAUUAAAUAAAAGAAGAUAAGAAUAAAAAGAUAAAUUUUAGUAGAUUUUGAAAGAAAAUGAAAAAUUACGUUAUAAAGUAUAAUGAUUAUACAAUAUUAAAAGGCAUAAGAGGAACUUAAAUUGUAAAAGGAGAUUGAUACUAAAUUGUAAUAAUAAUAAUUAUAAAAAAUGAUAUAAGAUGAUGAAAGAAGAGAAGAAUAAAAGAGGGAGAGAGAUUAAAAAAUAAAAUAAUUUAUGAGUAAUUACAGUCAUUAGGUAUUAACAAAAUAAAAAGAAAAUGAGGAAAAUGAAGGUAAAUAUAUGUUGGAAUAAUUAAAAAAAUAAGAAGAAUAUGAUAGAUAAUAAUAAUAAUAUAAGAAAUUAAAAGAAAAAGAGAAAAUGGAAUUAGUGAAAUAAUAAUUGUAAUUGUAAAUUUAACAGAAAUAAUAAAAAAAAUUAUCAGAAGAAGAAGAAUAAAAAUUAUUAUUACUUCAAUAAAAAUUAGAGCUUAUGAAUUAUACUGAAAAAGAAAAAGAAAAAUAACUUGUAUAUAUUAUUAUUUUAAUUUUAGUUUAUAAAAAAUAAUUAUAAAUAAAACUAAGAGGAUAUAAAGAAAUAAAUAGUAGAGAGUAGAAAUAAAAGUGCACAUGAAAAAAUGACAAAUUUGGAAUUAUUAUAAAAUAAAUCAAUUUUGAAGAAUAUUGCAGAAGAAUAGGUUGCAAAGACAAAGUUUAGGAAAGUGAAUGUAACUAUGAAAUGA